AGGUUAGACAUAUCAAAACGAUAAGAGUAAUUUAUAACCAAGAGAGAGAUAAAAAAUACAAAAGAACAAGUAAUUACUGCGCAGACUAGAAAAAAUAAAAUAAUCAAAAAAAAUAAUAUAGUAAAAAAAAUUACAAUAUUUAAGCUACAAAAAUAAUAAAAGAAAUAAACAAAUUAAAUUAAAUUAAACAUUACAAAAAGCGAGAUAAAAUUACACGUGAUAAAGAGAAAGAGAGAGAGAGAGAGAAAAAAAUAUAAUCCAAGAAGGACAAGUACAGACAAGUACAAAGGUGUGUGUGUGUGUAAAGUCGGCAUCAUUGGAGUAGUAGUGGUGUAUUGAGUAUUCAACACAGCCAACUUGAUCAAAGUCAGUGUGUGGAAGAGUGUGGAGUGCACGGUUUGUGUUGGGCGGCCAUUGCGUGUUACUUCGUGUUCAUAUUCCCCCAACAAAAAAUUAUUAAAAAAAAAAAAAAGAGAAAAACUCGUGUUAGCGUUACUCCAUUCCUCAACACCCAAAUAAUUAUUUAUAAUAAAAUAUAAAUAAUAAUUAGUGACAUAUUUUUUUUUUUAAUAAAAAAAAAAUUAAAUUUAAUAUAUCAACAGUUUGAUAAUAUAAAUUAUUAUUGUUGAAUAAAGUGGAGUAAGAAAACAAUAAAUAAAAAAAAAAAAAAAAAAGGUUAUUAUUUUUUCAAAGCUAGAACGUGUUUAGCCCGGGACGCGAACAUUAAAACGGCCUGAUGGCUGAAACAGACAAAUUGAACAUUGACAGCAUCAUUGCUCGUCUUCUUGAAGUACGUGGAUCAAGACCUGGAAAAAAUGUACAACUUACGGAAAUUGAAAUACGUGGACUUUGUUUAAAGUCACGUGAAAUAUUUUUGUCUCAACCAAUUCUUCUUGAGUUGGAAGCUCCAUUGAAAAUAUGCGGUGAUAUUCAUGGACAAUAUUAUGAUCUUCUACGACUUUUUGAGUAUGGUGGUUUUCCACCAGAGAGUAACUACCUCUUUUUAGGUGAUUAUGUUGACAGAGGAAAACAAUCAUUAGAGACAAUAUGUUUAUUGCUUGCAUAUAAAAUUAAAUAUCCGGAAAAUUUUUUUCUUCUAAGAGGUAAUCAUGAGUGUGCCUCAAUUAACAGGAUAUAUGGUUUUUAUGAUGAAUGUAAACGUCGUUAUAACAUCAAGCUUUGGAAAACAUUUACUGAUUGUUUCAAUUGUCUACCAGUUGCUGCAAUUGUUGAUGAAAAAAUUUUCUGUUGUCAUGGUGGUUUAAGUCCAGAUUUACAAAGUAUGGAACAAAUAAGACGUAUUAUGAGACCAACAGAUGUGCCUGAUCAAGGUUUACUUUGUGAUCUUUUAUGGUCUGAUCCUGAUAAAGAUACAAUGGGCUGGGGUGAAAAUGAUCGUGGUGUAUCAUUUACAUUUGGUGCUGAAGUUGUUGCUAAAUUUUUACAUAAGCAUGAUUUUGAUCUUAUAUGUCGUGCUCAUCAGGUCGUGGAGGACGGCUAUGAAUUUUUUGCAAAACGACAAUUGGUAACAUUAUUUUCAGCACCAAAUUAUUGUGGUGAAUUUGACAAUGCAGGUGCCAUGAUGUCUGUUGAUGAUACACUUAUGUGUAGUUUUCAAAUAUUAAAACCAGCUGAUAAACGAAAGUUCACAUAUGGUGGACUUAAUUCCGGCAGGCCGGUUACGCCGCCACGUGGACCCAACAACAAAAAUAAAAAAAAGUGAACAAACAACUGAAAAUUAUUUGAGGUUCGACGAUAUAAAUAUUAGGACUUCUUUUUAUUAAUAAUUAAUAAUGAACAAACAAACAAUACAUACACAUACACACUUUUGUUUCCUUUCUGAAUAUCGAAAUGACUAGAAAUAAAAAACGAAAAUGAAAAAAAAAAAAAAAAAAAUAGUAAAAGAUUAAUGAUAAAAAAAAAAAAAAAAAAAUGAAACACUAAAAUGACGUUUUAAAUCCAACUUUUAUUCAUUAUACUCCCCUCUUCUCGGUGAGGAUUACGUGAGAUAAUUAUCUCACCUCUGAGGACAUUUUUUAUUUUAAUUUUUUUUUUUUUUUUUUUUUGUUCAUGUUUUUCAUUUCCUUCUUUUGAUUCUUAUAUGUUACUUGCACAUUCAUACGACGAAGACGAGAUGAAACAUCCGAAGAUAAAUAAAU